AUGUGGUUGGUGGGCUUCUUUGACAUUAUUCGUCUCCAAAGCAGCGGUAACACAAUGCAUGCAGCACACCGACUAUUGUCCAUUGCCGUCCACAGCCAUGCGACCGCGGGGCUCCGCCGGCAUUUCGAUGACUCGUUGUACCGUACAUCCAUUGUGCCGAUGUUCCGGUGA